AUGUUAACAUUUUUGUGUGCUGUAUUUGUUGUUGGAAUUAUUAUAAUGGUCGGUAAAUUACGCCGACCAAAUACAACGCAAAAAUGUGCGCAUAUUGUUGUUCUUGGCGAUCUUGGCCGAAGUCCACGCAUGUGCAAUCAUGCUAUUCAAUUUGAGAAGCAUAAAUUCAAUGUACAAUUGAUUGGUUAUGCAGAAUCAAAACUUGGUCAAACUAUUUCCAACAAUAAUAAUAUUAAUGUAUCAGCUCUUAAACCAUUUCCUCAAAUAGAAGGUUUACCAGCUGUAUUGGUAUAUGGUUUAAAAAUACUUUGGCAAUUUGGUACACUUUUUAUUCGUCUUUGUCAAUUACCUAAACCUGAUGUUAUCUGUGUUCAAAAUCCACCAUCAAUUCCAGCUAUAUUUACAACAUUUUUAGUUGCAAAAAUACGAGGAGCUCGUUUAAUUAUUGACUGGCAUAAUUAUGGAUAUUCAAUGUUAGCAUUAAAACAUGGUGUUAGACAUUGGAUUGUUCAUUUAUGUCAAAAAUAUGAAUUUUUUCUCGGUCAAUUAGCUGAUAUAAAUAUAUGUGUAUCGGAUACAUUUAAACAAAAUCUCGGUGUUCAUUUGAUUAAAGCAUCUGUACUUUAUGAUAAACCUACUGAUCAAUUUCAUAUUUUAACAACAGAAGAAAAACAUCAAAUUUUAAUGAAAAUGUCUACAAAAUAUUCUUAUAAACAAUUUCAAGGAAAAUUAGAUGAUUCAACUCGUUUUACAAGUGAAGAUGAGAAAAAUAAUGUUACAUAUGUUAAAGAUCGACCAGCUAUUCUUGUCAGUAGUACAAGUUGGAGUGAAGAUGAAAAUUUUACAUUAUUAUUUGAUGCAUUAAAACAAUAUGGUUCUGAUGAUACGACUAAUCUACCAUCGAUUGUUUGUAUUGUUACUGGAAAAGGUCCAUUAAAAGAUCAAUUUAUUGAACAAGUUGAACGUGAACGUGAACAAUAUAAACAUAUUGAAUUUUGUUUCCCAUGGCUUGAUGCGGAUGAUUAUCCAUUAUUAUUAGGUUGUGCGGAUCUAGGUGUAUGUCUUCAUCAAUCAUCAAGUGGCUUUGAUUUACCAAUGAAAGUAGUUGAUAUGUUUGCUGUUGGUGUUCCUGUUUGUGCAGUUCAUUAUGAUUGUAUUGGUGAAUUAGUUAGACGUGAUCAAAAUGGAGUUAUUUUUCAAGAUUCACAUGAUUUAUCCGAUCGUUUAGAAAGUUUACUUCGUGGUUAUCCUGACCGGUGUUUGAAAUUGGAAAGUUUAAAAUCCAAUUUAAAAAAUAAUCUAUCAAAUGAAAAUUGGUCAACAGAAUGGGAAACAGUUAUGAAACCGUUGAUUCGUCUAUAG